AUGUCUUCCCUCCCACCAGGAACGGAUCUAUGCGCCAUUCCAGCGGCUCAACCUCCAGCAGGCCAGACAUCCAACUUCGUAAACCCACCGAACUUGGCCGCUGAGACCAUCGCUGUGAUAACAGUGACGCUCGCUUGGGCGACGCUGUUUACAGCAGCGAGGCUGUAUACCAAUUUUCGCAAGCUGACUUGGGCAGACGGCUUUGUGGUCAUCGCGCUGGCGCUUUCCGCUACAUACAAUGGCUUGGUUCUGGAUAUGCUCAAAUACACCCGUCAUCAGUGGGAUAUACCCGCCUGCUGUGCUUACCAUGCGAAUCUCCAGAUUCUCUACGCGCAAGGCACACUCCUUGGACCCGUCAUCUUCUUCGCGAAAUCCUCCAUUUUCCUCCUAUGUCGCCAGAUCUUCACCAUCCAGAAAACAAUGAAAUAUGCCAUUCGGUUCGGUCUGCUCUUCACCUUUCUCCUAUACUGGCCAGGCGUCGGUCUGGAAUCGUACUACGCGGCACCGCAUAUCGGAGAGACAUGGGAGGAUCUGCUGGUCAACAAGCGACCAGAGAAAUUGAUAUACUGGGGUAUCGUGCAGGGAACGCUCUCCGUGGUUCUGGACAUCUACAUUUUUAUCCUGCCACUCCCGCUUCUCUCGAAGCUGCAACUUCCUCGCAAAAAGCGAUGGCAGCUCUUGAUCAUCUUUUCGACCGCCAUGAUGGGAAUAGUCGCCAGCGUCAUCGCGCUCGUGUUUCGCAUUCAGCUCCUAACUACCUCCGACACAACCUUUACUCAGAGUGCGCUCUUCAUCUGCGUAAACGUCGAGAACAACGUCGCCAUCAUCGUCAGUUCGAUGCCCUUCUUCGCGGCCUUUUUCAGAAGUCACGUCCUCGAAUCGGCCCUUCUCAAGACUCUACGGUCACGACUAAGCUCUAGCGGGGAUCGCUCUGUCGUUGGGACAGUAGACCACCAUAUGGUCAAGGCUCCGCCGUCUCCAUCGCAUCUUCUGAACGAUACAACGGGCAGGAGGGGGUGGGGACGGCCAUCAACGCAGGGAAGGGGAAUCUCCCGUGAGGUCAACAUUGAGCAGGAGAUCCGGGAGUAUUCCAUUGUAUGA